UCCACAAUUAACCGAUAAAGAAUAUCAGAUAAUGGCUGCUGCUCACGGUGCUAAGUACAUUCGCCACGCCUUGGCUGCGCGUCCCCACGUUGACCCUACUCUCAAGUGGGCCUCCAAGUUCCUUGGUGCUUCCAUGUGGUUCUAUAUCUUCUACAGAAUUAAGGAAGAUGGUCCAGUUAUCUUUGGUCAAAAGUUACCAUUUGAACACCAUUAAUCAAAUAACCUGCUGAAACGCACAAGAAGAACACAAGUUCAUGUAGUUAAUGUGUCUGCCGGUUCGACAUUCUUCAAAAUGUGCAAUAACAACAAUACAAAACCCAAAUUUGUUUACACAAGUUUUCCUUUCUAGUCAUUUAAAUCUACACAUUUCACAGAUAGUACCAAAUAUAAAUACUUAUAUUC